AGUAGUGUCACAUAUCCAAGAUUUUGGAGAUGCCACCACAUCUCCCGUGGGAGAUGCCGCGUCUCCAGCGGGAGACACGACACCCACACUCGAGAGAUAUGGUCAUUCACCACUGGAGAUGUAAGAUCUCCAUUAGAUAUGCGCAUCCUCUACACCCACACCCGCAUCUCUCACGCGAAAUGCGGCAUCUCCCGCGGAAGACGUGGUGGCAUCUUCAAAAUCUUGGAUAUGUGACACUGCUGAACAAUUGAUAUGAUUUACAAUGUUUCAGCUAAACGUUGUCAUUGAUAUCUAUGAAUGAACAUUAUUGCAACUAUAAACUCGAUCAUUUGAUCCUACUGCUAUUUUCACGUCAUUUAACAGAGUAACCAAAAUAAUCGUAACUGAAGGAGAGAGGUGAAGAAAAAUACGAAUUGUCUUAGACUAUUUUAUCUCGGUGAGAUAUAGUUUUGUCAAAAAAUUAUCAGUUCAUAAUCUUCAAGUGUUGAACAAAUACAUUUCACGCAAGUACAUGAAAACUUAGACAAAACUAGAAAUGGCUUACAACGAAAAUACUCAUACUCUGCUGUGUGAAGCCCAGAGAAAAUCUCACAUUUCCUAACGAAGGAAAAACUUUCUACAUUUGGAUACUUUUCACAUCCUUUUUUUUCCAAAGUUCAUUCAAAAGCAAUAGACAAGGUUCCGACGCGACGCAUUUCGAUGACUUUUUUUGUAAAGGUCGACAUGUGGUCAACAAACUUUCGAUGUGCUCUUCCUUUGUUAACGAUCCAUGACAUUUUUGCUCGCCCAAACCACAUCCCUAAACAUAGUAAUUGUGGUGCCCUGGCCUAGACUCGAGAGAUCUGAAGUUGCUCUGUUGACUGUUUUAAAAAAUAUGGCUAGAAAACAUGUCUAAGAUCUUAGAUCUCCAAGUAUUCAUGCAAAAGAAUUGAAAAGAGAAAAAAUAAUGCGUAUUAGUUUUGGUAAUAAUCAACAAAUACUAAAUAAGUGUUAGCUGGUCAAAUAAACAUUCGAAAAAGUAGCUUUUAUAAUCGUUUUAAUAUACUGCAGUACUCGUGCCAGUGUUUUGAUCAGCUAUAAGUUUAUCCCCAAAAAAACUUGUUCAAUCUCCUCAACAUUUAAAACACAUAUCAUAGUUGAAAAAUUAUUGAGAUUGAACAACAAAGUUGAAAGCUAAUACGUAUAUCGACUGAAUGAAUUAGGCAAAACUAAUGCAUCCACAGUUUUCUUUAGAACCUUCCCCCCCCCCCCCCACCCCAAAGGUUAGUGGUAUGCUUAUAUGCUCAUAUCCAAUAUGUGUUGCCUCUUUACUGCUGCGUUCUUGUAGAUUAAAAUGGUUUCUAUGGAUGAUAACACUAAAUCGGUCGAUUGCUCACCUCCAAAAGAGGAUGAUUUCGUCGAUGGAAACAAGAAGAUAAAUCCAAUUUCAGAUAUACAAAAUGUCACAAACAUUCAGAACAACACCAUCAAUCGAAUGAAAAAUUCGACGAUUCAACAAAAUAUGCAUGAAGUUUAUCUUUUGAUGUAAAAUAUGGUCCUUGUUGCUCUUUCCUAGGAAAUUUUGUUGCUGUUCAAUAUUUGAAAAAAGCAGCAGACCUGUCUUCCUAUUACCUAUGCUCGCAACUAUGGCUACGAUCAUUGGUAUACUAGUAGUUUGUUUUACAUCACCAAAACGAUUGGGUAUGUCCUUGUUUUUUUUUACUCUUCGUGUUUCAUAAGAUAACAAUCCACAGUUCAUUCGAUUAUGUUUUACCAGUAUGGUGAGUUUUGUUUAACAAGACUCAGAUUGUGAUAAUAUUUCAUAUCGACAUGUUCGAAGCAAAUUUGACCAAGAUGAUCAUAACCAUUAGAUCUGAUACUUUGUCCAAAAGUUGAACCCUUCUACUUUACUUUUAUUGGUCGAAAUUAUUGAUUAGAAAAUAAUUCCAGAAAGAGUCAUCCCAUUGCCGCUUUGCUCGAGAGAAACAAAGAUAAUAAGUUUCUCUAAGACAGAGAUUAUUGCGUUUUCUAUCAUUUUUUUUCAUAUCUCAAUAAAAGAAUAAUUUCACGACCUGAAUUUUUACAAACUGAUCUUAUGCAUUAUUACUUGUUGCAGAAAGAUCACCUUUAGCUUACUCAAUGUUCUUGAAUCACUUCUUCUAUUGUUUUUGGUGAUACCCUUACACAUCUCUGAAUGAAAACAGCAGCUUAUCUUGGGUUUGUUUUUGUAUAUAUCUUUAUGUAUGGCUCAUGUGUGUUCCCUCUCAUAGUAUCCAAUGUGUUGUCAUUUCUUUAUUACAUUCUAGUGAAUUCUUUUCGUUACCAUUCUUUAAAACAAUAAAACUUUGUACAUACGUCAUAAAAUAAUAGUUUUAUUUGACUAAUAGCUGGUUAGUGGUCGACCAUCUUCAGAAAAUGAACAGAUACUAAGUGCAUAUCUCGAUAAUAAAAAUGAGUACUCCUCACGAUAUCUUGAAAUUAUUAUUAAACCUGACAUUAGGUAAAUUAUCCUGUAAUUCACUACUUCAAUCAGUUCUAGGAUAGAGCAAAUUAUAUUUAAUCUCUAUAAAUGUUUGGAUUAUAUUUUCGAAUCAACAUCUCAUACAUUUGAAAAAGAAACCACAUUGAAUUAUGAUAAUGAAUAAGAUAGACAAGAGUUAGGAGAUCUCUUACUAUCAGCAUCGACGCAUCACUAUCUUAGUGAGUGUUAGUGUGUAAAAAGUAGAUGGUUUCUCUUCUGUGAACUCAUACAUCUGCGUCUGCAACUCAGUUCCUCAACCUAUCACAAAAAUCUUUAAAAAUCGAUCUAGGUUCGUUUUAUAAUGUUAAAGGCGUUGAUUUCCCAUUUCAAACAAAUGUAUAUAGAGUCGAGGAAUCCAAAGAGAGGCGUAUAAAGAAGACAAAUCGGUUGACUUCAGAACUCUCAAAAGAAGUACAUAUUUUGAUACAGAACAGAACGAUAAAUCAUUUGAUACCAGAUUCAAACUAUUCAGUAAAUGACUCAAUGGCUUCUGAUGCCGAUUGCUGUACUAUAUUUUUACUGCAUUCAGAUGGCUGCAUAUUAACAAUAAGUUUGUGAAAACAUCUCUUCGCCUGCCUAUAAAUAGCCUCAUUUGAAAGAGCAGCAAAUUCUGCACAAAUUCUUAGAUGAAUCAUCCAGAAAUAGGAUGUGGAUGUGGGUGUGAGUGUGGGUGUGGGUGUGGGUGUGGGUAUGGGUGUGGGUGUGGGUGUGAGUGUGGGCUGUGAGUGUGGGUGGGUGUGGUACAAGUAGUCCCUUAGAUGAUAACCACACCCACAUCUACAUCCCACACUCACCCACACCCACAUCCACACCCACACACCUCACACCCACACCCACACCCACCCAUACACCAAAAACGUUUGAUUUUAAAAUGAUUUCGUCUUUUACACUAUUGGAGAAAAAGAUGCCCUAGUGUCGUCUCUUUCCACUGGUGAAAACUGCAGCUCCCUAGCUCUUUUGUUUCUUGAGUUAUUGCAAAAAUGGCCACGACCAUUAUUAUUUUAAACAGACAAUAAUUUAUCAGUCUUCACUUUUGUCUUUUUGUGUUACUUAGUCCCAAAAUGUAAACUUAAUUUUAAUGCGACGGCUCGAAAUUCAAUUGACUAUAAGUAUGGUCCACAAUCUGUAGCCCUAGGCGACUUCAACAACGAUACUUGGCUAGAUAUAGCUGUUGCCAAUUAUGCUGCUGAUCGUAUUGCCAUAUAUUUUGGAUAUGGCAAUGGUACUGUGGCAAGUCCAGUCGAGUAUUUCACUGGUUCUGGCUCUGCUCCAUACAUGGUCGCCGUUGGUGAUUUUGACAACGAUCAUCGACUGGAUGUCGCCGUCGCAUAUUUCGUACUUUCAAUUGCAUCAUCUCGUCCUAUUUGGAUCCAUGUAGCAGAUCUUAACAAUGACGCAGCACUAGAUAUUGUCACUGCUAACUACGGCACACAUAGUGUAAAUGUAUUUUAUGGACAUGGAAAUGGAAACUUUUCAAUGCCCGACACAUACUCUACAGGCUAUGAUUCUUUUCCGUUUGCCGUUGUCAGUGGCGAUUUUAACAACGACAAACAGAUGGAUCUUGCUAUCGCUAAUUAUGGCACAAACAACGUCGGUAUACUCCUAGGAACUAAUAACGGCACUUUUGAAAAACAAAGCACUUUCUCAACUGGUCCCGCUUCUCACCCAUACUCUAUUGCUGUUGGUCAUUUAAAUGAAGACACCAUGUUAGAUAUUGCCCUCACGAAUUAUGGAAAUAAUAGCGUAGGCGUACUUCUGGGCAAAGGUAAUGGAACUUUUAUGAGACAAAUGACAUAUUCGCUCGGCACUGCUUCUCCAUAUUCUAUUGGCAUUGGUGACUUCAACAACGACAAUCGAAUGGAUUUAGUCGUAACCAAUAGUGGCACCGACAAUAUAGCUCUGCUUGUCGGAUAUGGCAACGGCACUUUUACAAGUCCGAAAACAUAUUCAACCGGAUCUUUUUCAUCAAUUGCCAUUGCCAUAGGUGAUUUAAACAGGGAUAGUCGUUUAGACAUUGUCAUCAUCAAUAAUGAUACAAGUACUGUAGGUAUCAUGAUUGGCUAUGACGAGUUUUUUCCAAUUCAAACGACAUAUUCAACUGGUACCACGCCAGCAUUUGUAGCUGUUGGUGAUUUUAAUAACGACGCUCGACUAGAUAUCGUUGUCGCUAACCGAGGCAACAAUUCUAUAAGUGUUUUUCUCGGAUAUGGAAAUGGCUCUUUUGCAAAUCAGACGAAAUAUUCAGCUGGCUCUUGGCCACUCGUUGUAGCUGUUGGUAAUUUUAAUAACGACACCAAACUGGAUAUCGUCGUCGCUAAUUAUCAUGACAGCACUGUAAGUGUUCUUCUUGGAUAUGGAAAUGGCUCUUUUGCAAAUCAAACGACAUAUUCAACCGGCUCUGGGCCUGACGCUAUAGCUGUUAGUGAUUUUAACAACGACACUCUAUCGGAUAUCGUCGUCGCUAAUGACUUUGGCAACAGUGUAAGUAUACUUAUUGGAUAUGGAAAUGGUUCUUUUGCAAAUCAGACCAUCUAUCCAACUGGCCUCAGGGCAUACUCUGUAGCUGUAGGUGAUUUUAACAAUGACACCCAAUUGGAUAUUGUCGUCGUUAAUUAUUAUGGCAACACUGUAAGUAUACUUUUGGGACAUGGAAAUGGCUCUUUUGCAAAUCAAAUGACAUAUUCUACUGGGAUCAGGCCAUAUUCUGUAGUUGUUAGCGAUUUUAACAACGACACUCGAUUGGAUAUCGUCGUCGCUAAUAAGCUUGAUAACACUGUAAGUGUCCUUCUUGGAUAUGGAAAUGGCUCUUUUGCAAAUCAGACAACAUAUUCAACUGGUUCUGGGCCAUACGCUGUAGCUGUUGGUGAUUUUAAUAACGACACCCUACUGGAUAUUGUCGUCACUAAUUGGGGUGACAACAAUGUAAGUGUACUUCUCGGCUAUGGUAACGGUUCUUUUGCAAAUCAAACGACAUAUUCAACUGGUGCUGGUGGACUAUCUGUAGCUGUUGGUGACUUUAACAACGACACCCGACUGGAUAUCGUCGUUACUAAUUUUCAUGACAACACUGUUAGUAUACUACUUCGGUAUGACAGAGGAGCUCUGAAAGACAAAAUUAUAUUUGCACCUGGCGAAGGUUCUCGUUUGCGAAGCUUUGCUAUUUUUGAUUUCAAUAACGACAGCCUAUUGGAUAUCGCCGUUGUCAAUUAUGGUACGAAUAACAUAGGUGUCCUUCUUGGACAUGGAAAUGGCACUUUUGGAAAUCAAAUGAUGCUCUCAACAGGCUUACGUUCUCAUCCUUAUUCAAUUGCUAUCCAGGAUUUCAAUAGAGAUGGUCAAGCAGAUAUAGCCGUGGCCAAUUAUGGUACUAAAAAUCUUGUUACAUUUCUGGGCAAUGGGAACGGAACAUUUGAAAAUCAAGCAAGCUAUAGUGUAGAUUUCGAUUUCGCUCCAUUGGUUGUUGGUGCUGGUAGUUUCAACAAAGAUGGAUGUUCAGAAAUUAUGGUCGCAUAUGAUGGCAUCGAUCAUGUGGAUGUACUUGUUACACACAGCAUCGGAUCUUUCGGUCAUCAAAUAACAUAUUUAACAGGCAUGUGGCCAAGAUCGUUAGCCAUUGGCGAUUUUAAUAACGACACCUAUUUGGAUAUUGUCACGGCUAACGGAUACGACAACACUAUAAGUGUCCUUCUCGGAUACGGCAACGGCUCUUUUUCCAAUCAAACAACAUAUUCAACUGGCUCUUCUCCACGGUCUGUAACUGUUGACGAUUUUAACAACGACACCCUAUUGGAUAUCGUCAUCGUUAAUUCUAAUAGUACCACUGCAAGUGUCUUUCUCGGGUAUGGAAAUGGCUCUUUCGCAAAUCAGACGACAUAUUCAACUGGCUCUAAACCAUGGUCUGUAACUGUUGGCGAUUUUAAUAAUGACACCCGACUGGAUAUCGUCGUCGCCAAUUAUGAUAACAGCACUAUAAGUAUCCUUCUUGGAUAUGGUGGUGGCUCUUUUGCAAAUCAAACGACAUAUUCAACCGGCUCUAAACCAUGGUCUGUGACUGUUGCUGACUUGAACAACGAUUCUCAACUGGAUAUCAUCGUCGCUAAUUAUGGUGACAAUACUGUAAGUGUACUUCUCGGAUAUGGAAAUGGCUCUUUUGCAGAACAAUCGACAUAUAUAACUGGCUCUAACCCACAAUCUGUAGCUAUUGGUGAUUUUAAUAACGAUACCCAACUGGAUAUCGUCGUUGCUAAUUAUGUUGCCAAUACUGCCCAAACUCCGUAG